AUGGUGCAUUACGAGGACGUGAAGGUGACGUCGGGUCGGUCGACGAAGAAUGCAGCUGCGAGUCAGGCCUGUUUUCAACUCAUGAAAGCCACAUUUCAGCUUGGAAAUCUGCUCGGUGAAGUUGCACCUGAUUCCACGUCUGCAGUUGGUACGGCAUCGCCGACAGGACGACGAUCGCCGUCGUCACCACUGUCGGGAUCAGGUCCGUCGUCGCCGGCCAGAUCCCGACGGGGAUCGCCGUCGCACUUGGCGCCGCCGCCACCGACGCUAGUCCGGAGGUUCUCGUCCCCAAAUAAUGACUCAUUGAAUCAACAACAAUCCAAGCGACAUAGCUUCUCGUUCAACCAGCUCUUCCAACAUUCCAAGUCGACGAAUGGUGACGACCUCGAAAGCCAUGAGAUUAAUGUCGAGUCCGGAUGCGAGUACCUCGACGUCACGUGUCAGUACUUGAUGAAACUUUGGACGGCCGAGAAGGUUGCAACCGUGAACGAAGACGAAGUUCACAAGGCACUCGAGGGGUCAGUCACAGACAAUGAAUUUAUCCCUGAGCUCAUCGGGGAGUCGGAGAUUUUCGACCUUAACCUGAGGAAACACUUGAUUCGGGUUCUUCCUGCCCGGUGUCAAGGCUAUCCGUGGAAACUGAGCUUCAGCACUGCGAAGGACGGGUUUUCCUUGGCGAAUCUCUACAGGAGGAUGGAGAAUGUAGAAUCGUGCGUUCUGCUCAUCAUACAGGAUUCGCUGAACAAUGUCUUCGGAGCUUUGCUGUCACAUGCUCCGACGAUACAAGACCAUUCCUUCGGCACCGGCGAAAGCUUCCUAUUCACGUUUGCGCCUCCGCCGGAUGCGGAUGUAACGCCUUCCGCUCCGGUCGUCGUUGUGGAGUCUUGUUGCGUUGACGAAACUGCUGCUGCCGGUGCAGUAGAACCUAGCUCAGAGUCCGCCGCAGUGGUUGUUCAGAAUGCUGAAGGAAUUGUUGGACAACCGAAUGUCGCAGAAGUGCGUGAGGAAACGAGGGACAUUAUACCAUCGAAGGACCUUGGCUCGUCGAAGAUGGCGAUUCCGGGUGGGAAAGAUAGUGGAAAGUAUUUCAGGGCCUUCAAGUGGUCCGGAGCGAAUUCUUUCAUCAUCAGGUGUUAUCCUGAUUCCCUUGCUGUCGGGAUUGCAGAUGGACGUUUCGGGCUGCUGUUGGAUGGCGACCUGAACAAGGGCAGAACGGAUGAGUGUGCCACUUUCGAAAACAGCAUAUUAACAACGGACAAUGACUUCACUGUGCUGUCGCUGGAGUGCUGGUCCUUCGAUUAGUCGCGAACCUCGCAUAUGCAAAAUAGUUCUCAUCCCUUUCCUGAGCAGUCGAUUAUGUGACUUCGUCUCGUACGUGAACCUAUCGAUUAUAUUCACUGAUAUGCAUGGUUUUCUUUUUCAUCGCCACGCUCGUUUUUUCCCUGGCGAUUUUACCUCUCCUGAUGGUUGCAUGUUAUUUGUGUUUUUGAAGCGCAGAAGUUGGAGUGUAAGGUUCGGGAACUGUAUUAGAAUUUUCGGUUUGUGUGAUUUUUUUAUCUUCUGUGGAUAGUAAAUUUGGCUGCAUUAUACUUCCAUUGCUUGUGCUGUGGAAUAGGUCAGACAUUUUUUUAAUCGUUCGUCAAUGCCGUGUUGAUUUUUCAGGUUAUGCGCUGGGAUUGUUUCUGGUGUUUAAUUUUUUUUGUUCGUGUCCUAGCUUAGGUAGACUUCGCUUUGCAGCGUUUGCGACAACAGACUAUAGAAUCCCUACUGAUUUUCUGCGGCAAAAUGCUGCAGAAGAGUAUAUGCCAACUUUUAAGUUUGAUCAAGCUGAGACGCAAAUAUUUUCCGAAUCUGAU